AGGUGGGAGACCGAGAGGGCGACACUGAGUGAGAGAGGGAGGGAAAGCGAGAGAGAGGGAGGGAAAGAGUUCAGUGUUUCAGACCGUGCCGAGCACCGAGAUGUGUGUGGAGGGGCUUUUCUGACACCCUGUUCUGGGGGUUUUGGUCCCUGACUUGAGCCGUAGCCCAGUGUUAGUAAGCCCCCAUCUCUCUGUGGAUGUACCGCCAGUGUUGCCUCCUCUCCCGUGCCCAGACCCAGGCCUGUGGCCGGGGGAACAUGCGGCAGCUCUCCUCCCUCGCCCUGGGUCUGCUCUGCUGGAUCUACUCAGGCAGUGCAUCAGAUAUAGCAGAUCUGACCCUCAUCAACCCCGAUCCCGUGGUCAACUCCGUCAACUCCUCCCUGAUGUGUGUGAGCAGUGACUGGUCCUCGGCCAGCUCCCUCGCCCUGAACCGGGACGUGCUGCCCACGCAUCCCCACCCGCCCACGCUCACCAACCUACCGGACACGCGCUUCCGCUCUGCCACCAAGAUCGACUGGUCCAACCGCAACGGGAUCUUUGGCUCAUAUUACUGUGGCCUCAAAAACUCUGGCGACUCCAGCAGGAUCUACACGUACAAGAUGCUAAAUGAGGCUGCCUUCCUUCCCGAGUCGCUAACAGUCACAGCCAGCCUUGGAGAGAACGUCAACAUAUCUUAUAUCAGGAAGAAAGUACAACAGAUGGAUCCACUCAUUUAUAAGAACGGAACAUUUCUUCACUCCCAGCCCAAGCAUGAGAUCUCAGACUCGCUCCAGUACCCGAUCAAGGGGGUGACGCUAGAGGAUGCUGGACUGUACACAGCCAGGUACAUCGGGGACUCGGACAUCUCUGCUGGGAUCACCAGGCUGAUAGUAAGAAAAUGCAGAGUGCAGAGGUGGGGGCCGGGCUGUUCCAGAAGCUGCCCGGACUGUGCCAACGGGGGCGUGUGCCACGACGGGACGGGCGAGUGUCUGUGUCCUCCAGGGUUCAAGGGCCCCAAGUGUGAAAUAGUGUGUGGUGGGGGUCGGUUUGGGCGGACCUGUAAGGAGGGGUGCAUGAAUGGCAACUGCCAGUCGAUGGUGUUUUGUCUUCGGGACCCCUACGGAUGCUCCUGUGCCACAGGCUGGAUGGGACUGAACUGCAAUGAAGCCUGUCCACCUGGUUACUAUGGGGCCGGCUGUAAGCUGAAGUGCAGGUGCGGUGGGAAUGGGAAGUGUGAUCGUUACCGCGGUUGCGUGUGCCAAGGGAAACAUGGUUCCCGCUGUGAGACAGAUGACGAGCCUCCUGGUAUCCUCAGCCACUUGGGGAAUGAGGAGCUGAAUGCUGGAUCCACCUACAAGGUCAACUGCUCCACAAGUGGUCGCCCAGCUCCACUACAUGGGGAGAUCCUCCUCCUCAGGCCUGACGGGACACCUGUACAUCCGCUGGAUACGGACACGGUGGGGGAUCAGACCACCUCCUACUUCAGAGUGGAUAAGGUCACGGUGACGGACGCCGGGCGUUGGAAGUGCCAGGUCAAAACCAAAGCUGGCCAGGCAGAGAAAGAAUUCCAUGUGACUGUCAAAGUCCCCCCUCAGCCCCAGAAUCCUCCGUUCCUGAACGGCAGUGGGCCCUACCACCUCAUCAUCCAGGUGAACAAGGAGCCCUUUUCAGGGGAUGGCCCUUUGACCUCUGUCAAGGUCGCCUACAAGCAGGUCAACUCCUCGUCGUUGCAGAUGGUAGAAGUGAUCGGAUCCCAGGUGAAACUGGACAACCUGACGCCCAUGACAGAGUACACUGCGUUUGUGCUGCUGGCUCGCACUGGAGAUGGAGGCACCGGCUUCCCUGGACCUGAGGCCACCUUCUUCACACAGAUACUGGAGUGCUCCUACCCUGCCGGCAUCAAGCUGGUGCCGAGGAGCCAGACGGGGCUGGACCUGUCCUGGGAGCGUCUGGAGCGCACCACCAAAGAGGACUGGAUCUACCAGGUGGAGUGCCUGCAGAGCUCGGACCCCAGCAACCUCCAGACCUACCACCUGACCUCCAACUCCACCGGUCUGCUGCUGAGGGACCUGAGGCCCCGGCACAAGUACGAGUGCCGUCUGUGGCUAACCUCCAGCUCCGAUAGUUCCGACGUCCAGUGUCGCCCGGGACACUCGGUGGGGCUGUACAGGGCAGCCGUGUCAGCCUGGACCCUCAGCAACGAACUGCCUCCUGCACCUUUCAACGUGCUCUCCUGCAACCUGACCGACACCUCCGCCACCAUCACGUGGUCGCUGGCCGAGGGCAACUCCAUCUCCAAGGUGACCAUCCUGUACCAGCGGGAGGAGGAGGACCUGAGGCAGCUGGUGGAGAUCGCCGUGCCUCAGGACCAGCUGGCCAUGCAGUUCCAGCUGAGGGGCCUGCUGCAGGACACCGCCUACCAGGUGGAGCUCUGGACCACCAACAACCAGGGCGAGAGCGUGGAGAGGACGCAGACGCGCGUCAGGACCCUCACCCAGCAGGAGAUCGCCAGGCUGCACAGACUGAGUAGUGAGGGCAACAUGCUGUUCUUUGCCAUCCUGGGCUCGGCGGGCAUGACGUGCAUCACCAUCCUCAUUGCCUUCUGCAUCGUGCUGCAGCUCAAGAGGGCCACCUUCCAGAGGAGGAUGGUGCAGGCCUUCCAGAACAUCGUGAGAGAGGAGCCGGUGGUGCAGUUCAGCUCCGGGUCCCUGAACAUCCCCAAGAAGGCCAUGAACGCGCCGCAGCACGUGGCCUAUCCCACGCUGGAGUGGAACGACAUCAAGUUCCAGGACAUCAUCGGGGAGGGCAACUUCGGACAGGUGCUGAAGGCCAGCAUCAAGAAGGACGGCCUGAGGAUGGACGCCGCCAUCAAGAGGAUGAAAGAGUAUGCCUCCAAGGAUGACCACCGGGACUUUGCGGGCGAGCUGGAGGUGCUGUGCAAGCUUGGCCACCAUCCCAACAUCAUCAAUCUGCUGGGGGCCUGCGAACACCGGGGCUACCUGUACCUGGCCAUAGAGUUCGCUCCGCACGGUAACCUGCUGGACUUCCUGCGUAAGAGCAGGGUUCUGGAGACGGACCCGGCUUUCGCCAUCGCCAACAGCACCGCCUCCACGCUCACCUCUCAGCAGCUGCUGCACUUCGCUGCCGAUGUGGCCCGGGGCAUGGACUACCUGAGCCAGAAACAGUUCAUUCACAGAGACCUGGCUGCCAGGAAUAUCCUCGUUGGGGAGAACUUUGUGGCGAAGAUUGCAGACUUCGGGCUCUCCAGGGGCCAAGAGGUGUAUGUGAAAAAGACAAUGGGAAGAUUACCGGUGCGAUGGAUGGCCAUCGAGUCUCUCAACUACAGUGUCUACACCACAAACAGUGACGUGUGGUCAUAUGGAGUCCUGCUGUGGGAGAUUGUUAGUCUGGGUGGGACUCCAUAUUGUGGGAUGACGUGUGCAGAGCUGUAUGAGAAGUUACCACAGGGCUACCGUUUGGAGAAGCCUCUUAACUGUGACGAUGAGGUAUAUGACCUCAUGCGGCAAUGCUGGAGAGAGAAGCCCUAUGAGAGACCGUCCUUUACCCAGAUACUGGUCUCUCUCAAUCGCAUGCUGGAAGAAAGGAAGACGUACGUGAACACCACACUGUAUGAGAAGUUCACCUAUGCGGGCAUUGACUGCUCUGCUGAAGAAGCUGGAUGAUCUGAAUGUGCUUAUAUCAUGACAAGAAGGGGUGACACUUUGUUUUACGGUUUCUGUUAUAGUAUGGUGAAUUCAAGUAAAUUCAGGGCCACUUUUUUUGCAUAUAAGCGAAUGGCCCAAAGUGGCCCAAUUUACCUGAAUUCUCCAGACAUUUAAAUGUACCAACAUGUAAUAUUCUGUACUCUGUACCUAAGGCUUACCCUACCCUACCUGACUUCAUAACACUAACCCUAUGGUACAGUGCAAGUACAUAAUCUCACACGCUGUUACAUACUUACUGUUGUACCAGGACCAGGGACAGUAAACUGAAGUGUAGCCCCAAGAAGGAAUAUCUUAAUGCAGUUACAUUGGACAUGUAUCCUGUAUCUGUUACUUCACUUAACGCUGGAUAUGUAAACACAGUGAAAAACAAGGUUUAAUCAAUUCCUUUGAAAAGGGAUCGAUGGACGACAAUUUUGCACACAUUGUGUACUCCUGUUUGAAAUAUUAUGGGGAUAGAUACUAUAUCCAACCUGUCUUUUUAUAUGAAUGUCUGCCAUUGUAAAUUGCAUUGAUGGAUGGAUGUUGUGGAGUGUUGCUUCAUAACACAGCUGGAUUUUUUUUUCUAUCUGCUCAGACAGAGCCGAGGUCAACUGUAAAUAGCCAUGUUUGUUAUAAACGAGUAGCCGACGUUUCAGCCCAGUUCUAUAAGACACCAAAUAAACAUUGUGUUUUUUUCAAA